UAUAAAUCGAACUACUUUCGGCAUCUUCUAGACUUCCUAAUACCGCCUAGUCAUAGCAGAUUCAAGCUGAGAACACCACAAGUAAAUAUCACCCAUCAUGCUUACCCUGACCGUUCCCGAAAACUACGGCUCCGUCAUUGCCGUCGCUCUGGGUGCCAUCCCCGUCCUGAGCUUCGUCCAUGGCGCCGUCGUGUCUCGUCUCCGCAAGGAAGCUGAUUGCCCCUACCCUCACUGCUAUGCGACCGUAGAGCAGUGCAAGACCAACCCCAAGGCCGAGCAGUUCAACUGCGCUCAGCGCGCUCAUGCCAACUUCCUUGAGAACUCCAGCCAAACUAUGCUCUUCCUCCUGGUAGCUGGACUGAAGUACCCCCAGUUGGCGACUGGCCUCGGAAGCAUCUGGGUCCUCGGUCGCUCACUGUUCCUUUACGGAUACGUGUACUCCGGCAAGCCGCGGGGUCGCGGUCGUUUGUACGGCAGCUUCUACUUGCUUGCACAGGGAGCUCUCUGGGGCUUGACGUCUUUCGGAGUUGCGAGGGAGUUGAUUUCCUACUUUUAAGUUUGGACUGAAUCCGUAGGUGUGAUUGAGGUGAUUGGCGAUGUUGGCUAUACCAGCUAUAUGUAAUAAUCUCUACUGUAUACUACUAUUCAACGCAUUUUACUAUGCGUGCUGCUAGGGUCGGCAAUGACAAUGGCAAUCUGACUGACGUGGUCUAUUUCUCCAUGUGCUGCAGGGAAUACGAGCUCCAAUGGACCUCGGGAGUGGCACAGUCAAUGGCAAGGAAACUCCGCCUUUGCAGGUGUGGCUGAACCCCACGGG